ACCCCUGUCUGUCUGUUUUACUGCACAGGAAAAUGGCAGAUUCUGUUUUGUCAGAUUGGAUAUAUUUGCCAGCCCAAACCCCUCCUUUCCUCCUCCUCAAUAAUUUCUCAUUUUUUCCCCUCAAAUCAAAUCAAAGAUUACCCCUAAAAAGAUCACCAAAUAUUUCUGAUCUCCUUCCUCACUUUCUCUCCCUCCAAACACUCCCUUCUUUAUAAGAUGCUUAGUUGUGGUGGUGGAAGUGGCGGCUGUUCCAAGGACAUGGCGGUGGAAUUAGGAGAUGAACCCCAUGUUUUAGCUGUGGAUGAUAACCUCAUUGAUAGGAAACUGGUUGAGAGACUGCUCAAGAACUCCUCUUGUAAAGUGACUACAGCAGAGAAUGCACUGAGGGCUUUGGAUUAUUUGGGACUGGGAAAUGAUAGAUUGGAAGGCACUGUUUCUGAGGUCAAUAUGAUAAUAACAGAUUAUUGCAUGCCUGGAAUGACCGGCUAUGAACUGCUCAAGAAAAUCAAGGAAUCAUCCGUUCUCAAGGAAGUCCCUGUUGUAAUCAUGUCAUCCGAAAACAUACCCACUCGUAUCAGUCAGUGCUUGGAGGAAGGUGCGAAGAUGUUCAUGCUGAAGCCAUUGAAGCAGUCUGAUGUGAAGCAACUCAAAUGGCACUUGAUGAAAUGCAGGAACUGAAGUUAGAGAGGCAAGAAAACAACAACUAGGAUUCAAGAACAAGCUUUGUAAUGAGACAAAAAGAAAGAAAGAAAAACUUUUUAAACCCACAUUUGAAUGGGGCAUUGCAAAUCUUUUAUGAUAUAUCAACUUUUUUAAA